GAAGAAGAAGAAGAAGGUGAAGGGGGGGGAAAAAGAAAAAGAAGAUGGACAGUGGUCAUAAAGCACAAGUGCAUGUAUCCAUCCAGAAGGGACUGUCCUUUCCUCCUCUUCAAAAGUGCAACAAUUGCUGCUCUCCGGGCAAAUUUCACUGUCCAUUUUGUUCACCCCAUUUCUUCAAACCCACCAAACGCUCCAGAGUUGGACUUCAUUUGGACAAUCAUUUGAAGAGAGCCCUUUAUGUUGGAGAAUACACAAUCCACAGAUGCAGCCUGGUUUGCAGGAAACACCCACAUUACCACUGUUUGUACUGCACAUCCACGUUGAUUAGGAGAAGAGAUUUCAUCAAUCAUCUACCAUCGUGCCGCCAGGUGCUGCAGCAGAGAUUACAAAAGCUGUCCCAAAUACAGCCAGCCAUGAUCAAAGGACUUGGUGCUCCAUGGGUGACACCUGGAGAGAGGGACACCGCCUCAUGUGAUGGAGAGAGCAUCAAUAAGACGUUCCUUGAUUCAGAUGACCACAGCAGCCAAGGAGCGAGCAGCAGAGAGACAGUGUCCCCCAUCGUCCCCAAGUCAAAUGAAUGUGGCACUGUGGGGAAAAGGAGUAUGGAACCAGAAUCUUUUAAGUGUCACCAAACUGUACAGACAAACAUUGAAAAACCACAAGACUGCGAUGAAUAUUACUUCAUGAACCUUGUGAAAAUGUUUAAAAAGUUGUCCCCACAGAAAAAGGCAGAGGUCAGGAUGAAAAUCGAGAGACUUCUCUUUGAAGCUGAGUUUGAGUAGAAAAGGCUGUACAUGCACAAACGAAAGUGCUUUUUUGUUCACUGUGUUACUGGGAAGUUAUGAGAAGCAGAGUGUCCGUAUCUUGGCUUUAUUUGUAUUCUGACUGUAUAUUUGUGUCAGCCCAUUGCUGACUGCUGCUACUGUCCACGUUUCCUAUACUCAAAAUACCAGCAACCACAGGAAGAAUUCAGUAUUUCCUUUUAAUGCAGCACUAAUCUGUGCUGAAACAUCCAUCAUGUUUUAGAGUAGUUAUAAAUGAGAAUGCCGAUUGUUUCCUCAAAAUAGACAGAGACUUUAUGUUAAAGACUUAUACUUUUGAUACAAGACAGAAAGAUGUACUGUAUGAUUAAUAAAGAAUAACCGAAGAUUUAUGCAGUGAAGACUGCUCAGCCUACCUCAGAUAGAUGCACAUAUGGAGAAAUGGUCUCAGAGCUGGACAACACUAAGCCAAGGUUUAAUACUACUAUUUAAGGUUUAAUACUACUGUUUGUUAAACCUAUGUUAUGAGUUGUUUUUUUAUAAUUUUUUUAUUCAAAUAAAGCACCUGAAUGUAGUGGCCUUCAACCAUGUUUUGAAUUUUCAGUACAGAUUUUUCUUUCAUAGCUGUGUUCACUGUGUGUGUGUGUGUAUGAGUUGUGUAUUGGGUGGUCAGUUUCUGUGUGGAGAGAGACAAUCUAAUGUACAAGGAUUUUAAUGAUUAGGAAAAGCAUUAAACAAAAAUAAGUUAUAUUUCCAGUAAUGUAAAAAAUAGAUCAACCAACACCUUCUGUUAUGUGUAAGUCACCUGAGGAACAUGGUUAUACAGUAGAAGUAUCAGUAACAAAAUAACCUCAACUCAAAAUCUACUUACUAGGUUUUUCUGAGUUUGAAUCACAGGUCAUGGCCUUCAUCAGAGAACAGACCUUCAAGUUCAUGUACAAAUGUCAUUUU